UAGCCGUAAACCUUUUAAACCUCAUUCAAAAACCUCGUUUCCAAUCGUUACUUUUCAUCAUUUCAUUUCUUAUAUCAUAUUCAAAUCCCAACUAUUAUUCAUUCUUUUACUUUUAUUAUAAUAUUUCAACUAUAGCUAUAACUAUAAUUAUUCAAAUAUGAAAUUCACUUCUUGUUUAUACCUUUUAUCGGUAUUAGCUUCAACUACCCUUGCAAUCUCAGCUAUUUCAAUUAAAGGUAAUGCAUUCUUUGACGAAUCAGGUACUAGAUUUUAUAUAAGAGGGGUCGAUUAUCAACCUGGUGGAUCAUCUAAUUUAGUUGAUCCUUUAGCUGAUUCUGAAUCUUGUGAAAGAGAUGUUAAAUAUUUUACUGAAUUAGGUAUUAAUACUGUUAGAGUUUAUUCAGUUGAUAAUACUGCUAAUCAUGAUGAUUGUAUGAAUCUUUUAGCUAAUAAUGGUAUUUAUGUUGUUUUAGAUGUAAAUAUUCCUUAUGCUUCUAUUGCAAGAAAUGAUCCUUCUUGUUCUUAUAAUACUGAUUAUUUACAAGAAGUUUUAGCUACUGUAGCUAAUUUUGCUGUUUAUAAUAAUACUUUAGGUUUCUGGGCUGGUAAUGAAGUCAUUAAUGAUGGUCCAUCCCUUGCUUCAGCUCCUUAUGUUAAAGCUGUUGUUAGAGAUAUGAAAACUUUCAUUAAAAAUAGAAAUUUUAGACAAAUUCCUGUAGGUUAUUCUGCUGCUGCUGUUGAUGAAUAUAAACAACCUUCUGCUGAUUACUUUAAUUGUGGUAGUGAUGAAUUAGCUAGAGUCGAUAUGUUUGGUUUUAAUGAUUAUUCUUGGUGUGGAGAUGCUACUAUUCAAACCUCAGGUUAUCAACAAGAUUUAGAAGACUUUUCUAAUUAUUCUAUUCCAUUAUUCUUUUCUGAAUUCGGUUGUAAUACUGUGUCUCCAAGACCUUUCACUGAAAUUGAAGUUAUUUAUUCAGAAUUAAUGUCUUCUGUAUUUAGUGGUGGUUUAGUUUAUGAAUAUUCUCAAGAAGCUUCUAACUAUGGUCUUGUUACCAUUAACUCUGAUGGUUCAAUUACAACAGAUCAAGAUUUUACAAACUUAAAGAAUCAAUUUUCUAAUACUUCUAAUCCAUCAGGUGAUGGUGGUUAUAAAUCUAACUUAAAUUAUUCAUCUUGUCCAUCUCAAAGUGAUGAUUGGAAUGUUACUAAUACUAUACCUUCAACUCCAAAGGGUGCAUUAGUAUUUAUUGAAGGUUAUGUUGAUCCUACUGGUCAUGGAUUCAAUGCUACUACCCAAUGGGCCUGUGCUGAUCCAGACAAUAAUGUCGAUCUUACUGGUAAUUAUACUUCUACUUUAGGAUCUCCAUCAGCUUUUGUUGGAUCUUCAUCAACUUCUUCAGCUACUUCAUCUUCUUCAAAGAAAUCAGAUGGUCAUAUUGUUGAACCUCCUUCAUUUGUUAAUGCAGUAAAUUUCAUUGCAGUUAUUGCUGCUGCAGCUGGGUUUGCUAUACUUUAAAUAUAGUGGUUAUUCUUUUUUUUUUAUUUACAUUUACACUUACAUUCUCUUCUUUGUAUUUGAUAUUAUACAUU